AGGGCUUGACUUUGCAACCUAAAUAACUUUGUUUGUAUGCAGUUUUUUGAAUGCGAUAGCUUGAAGGAACCAGCCACAUCUCUACAAGUAUCUCCCGAGAGCUCGGCUGGUAAGGGAUGACAUCUCUCUCUCCUCAACACAAACCACCGUAACCUCGGCCAUAUUUAUUUCACACAGUAUCAGGAAUGGAACCAACCCAUGCUCAUAAUAAAUCCCAUCAUCAUUCUCUCCAGAAGCUACAGACCCCACGAGCAUCCAGGCCUCUGCAAAGACAGCUGAGGCCCAUCUGGGAGGAUCUGGCCUGAAUUUGCUGAUAAAUAAUGCUGGCGUUAUGCCAGAGAGCACUCUGGAGUCAGCAACUGCUGCAGAUAUGUUGGCCGUGUAUAAAAUCAACGUUGUGGGACCAAUGUUGGUGACCCAGGCGUUCCUGCCCUUGUUGAAGAAGGCUGCGCAGGAGAGCACCCAGACAGGGCUCAGCUGCAGCAAGGCGGCCAUUAUCAACGUGUCCACUAUAGGGGGCUCCAUUGGGAACACCCCCAGCAUGGCCACCUUUCCAGUCAUCUCCUACCGCUGCAGCAAGACUGCUCUGAACAUGCUCACGAGGUGCCAGUCGGUGAGAUACAAGGAAGACGGGAUCCUGUGCACUGCGCUGCAUCCGGGCUGGGUGAAAACAGAGCUGGGAACUGCCAAGGCAGAGCUGACGGUGGAGGACAGCGUGCAGGGGAUUCUGAAGGUGCUCUCCAUCCUCUCUGAGAAACACCAUGGGAUUGAAGUGGACUGGACAGGAAGAAAUGUGCCAUGGUGAGAGCCUGGCCUACAGGAAUGAUUCCACCAGCAGUGUGCACAGGACACUCCAGCACCCGUCUGCAUCUCAUGAAUAAACAUCUCUGCCUGAACUAGCGCUGUUACUGAGUCUCUCCCCUCACAGGACUCUUUUGGGUUAUGGAUUCAGGAUACCUCCUUUAAAGGAAAGCAUUGCCUCAUAGUUAGAGGGGAGACAGCUCUGCCACUGACUUGCUGGGCCCUUGGGCACAUCACUUAGUCUUAGUUUCCCCUAAUGCUGCCUGAUCCUUGUGUAGCAGUUGGAGAGCCUCUGAUGAGACAUAUUAAAAGCAAAGUAUUACAAUAGCUGUUAUAGAUACAAAAUUAACUGCACCAUCCAGCUGAGCUUACUUGAAUAACAGACUCCAGGCACGGGGUAGGUAGCGUGGAUUUCCCUAGACAACAGAAAUUGGGCUUUAACAAAGAAAUUAGUCUAAUUCUCUAUCUGUAUUAGCUCACUAAGAAAACAAAAGGAACAUGAAACACAUGAAUGUGAAGCACCAAUAUCCACCCUCCUAUCCCUCCACAAAGAGGAUGUAAACAGGCUGUUUCACAGCGAUAGUUAAAGAGUUUAUUGGUAAACAGCAACACCAGC